AUGCGUCCAGGAUUCCAUAACUCCAGUGUGACCAGUCUGCGUUCGUUCUGCCUUUUCUUGAUGUCCACCCAGCGGCCCCUGCAGACCGGCCGCACGAGCGAGUGCUUUCCAGAACCUCUGCCGCCAAAGCGUUUCCUGUCUCCACGCUUCGUGUUUGGCCUGUUUGCAGCUCCUUUCCAGAAAUCUGGAGAUGGAGGCAGACACAGAGAUGGACACGGACAGGGAGAUAGAUGCUUUUCCUCCUUUAUGAUGCUUCUUUGGUUCAGACAUUCACAGAUCCUGCUUCCUCUCUCGGAACUUGUUUUACCCAGCCAUACAUGUGGAAAUCCUGGGGAGAUACUGAAAGGAGUUCUCCAUGGCACAAGAUUCAACAUAGGAGACAAAAUCCGGUACAGCUGUCUCUCUGGCUAUAUCUUGGAAGGCCAUGCGAUUCUGACCUGCAUCGUCAGCCCUGGGAAUGGUGCUUCCUGGGACUUUCCAGCUCCAUUUUGCAGGGCUGAGGGAGCCUGUGGAGGGACCCUGCGGGGAACCAGCAGCCACAUUUCCAGCCCGCACUUCCCCUCAGAAUACGGGAACAAUGCAGACUGUACCUGGACCAUCCUCGCUGAGCCCGGGGACACCAUUGCCUUGGUCUUCACUGACUUUCAACUAGAAGAAGGGUACGACUUCUUGGAGAUCAGUGGAACAGAAGCGCCGUCCAUAUGGCUCACUGGCACGAACCUUCCUUCUCCCGUUAUAAGCAGCAAGAACUGGUUACGACUGCAUUUUACAUCUGACAGCAACCAUCGGCGCAAAGGAUUUAAUGCACAAUUUCAAGUGAAAAAGGCAAUUGAAUUGAAGUCAAGAGGAGUCAAGAUGAUGCCCAGCAAGGACAGUAGUCAUAAAAACUCCGUCUUGAGUCAAGGAGGCGUUGCGUUGGUCUCUGACAUGUGUCCAGAUCCCGGGAUUCCGGAAAAUGGAAGAAGAGCAGGUUCCGACUUCAGGGUUGGUGCAAAUGUCCAGUUCUCCUGUGAGGAUAAUUAUGUGCUCCAGGGAUCCAAGAGUAUAACCUGUCAGAGAGUCACGGAGACACUGGCCGCGUGGAGCGACCAUCGGCCCAUUUGCCGAGCUAGAACAUGUGGAUCAAAUCUGCGUGGACCCAGCGGCAUCAUCACCUCCCCUAAUUACCCGGUUCAGUAUGAAGACAACGCUCACUGUGUGUGGGUCAUUACCACAACUGACCCGGACAAGGUCAUCAAGCUCGCGUUUGAGGAGUUUGAACUGGAGCGAGGCUAUGACACCCUCACCGUGGGCGAUGCUGGCAAAGUGGGCGACACCAGGACCGUCUUAUACGUACUCACUGGCUCCAGUGUUCCUGACCUGAUUGUGAGCAUGAGCAACCAGAUGUGGCUGCACCUGCAGUCUGAUGACAGCAUCGCCUCGCCUGGAUUUAAAGCUGUUUACCAAGAAAUCGAAAAGGGAGGAUGUGGGGACCCUGGGGUCCCCGCCUAUGGGAAGCGGACUGGCAGCAGCUUCCUGCACGGGGACACCCUCACUUUUGAGUGCCAGGCGGCCUUCGAGCUGGUGGGGGAGAGGGUCAUCACGUGCCAGCAGAACAACCAGUGGUCGGGGAACAAGCCCAGCUGUGUGUUCUCGUGUUUCUUCAACUUCACUGCGUCGUCGGGGAUCAUCCUGUCCCCCAAUUAUCCGGAGGAAUACGGCAACAACAUGAACUGCGUUUGGUUGAUCAUCUCUGAACCCGGGAGCAGGAUCCACCUCAUUUUCAACGAUUUUGACGUGGAGCCUCAGUUUGACUUCCUGGCGAUCAAAGACGAUGGGAUUUCUGACCUAACAGUCCUCGGCACUUUCUCGGGCCACGAGGUGCCCUCCCAGCUGGCCAGCAGCGGGCACAUCGUCCGCUUGGAAUUUCAGUCUGACCACUCCACCACCGGCAGGGGGUUCAACAUCACUUACACCACAUUUGGUCAGAAUGAGUGCCAUGAUCCUGGGAUUCCCAUAAAUGGGCGACGUUUUGGGGACAGAUUUCUACUUGGGAGUUCAGUUUCUUUCCACUGUGACGAUGGCUUUGUCAAAACCCAGGGGUCGGAGUCUAUCACCUGCACCCUGCAGGAUGGAAAUGUGGUCUGGAGCUCCACAGUCCCCCGCUGCGAAGCCCCGUGUGGUGGACACCUGACAGCUUCCAGUGGACUCAUUCUGCCUCCCGGAUGGCCAGGCUAUUAUAAAGAUUCUCUGAACUGUGAAUGGGUCAUCGAAGCCAAGCCCGGACACUCUAUCAAAAUAACGUUUGAUAGAUUCCAGACUGAAGUCAACUAUGACACGCUGGAAGUCCGAGAUGGGCCAGCCAGCUCGUCCCCGCUGAUCGGAGAGUACCAUGGCACGCAGGCCCCCCGGUUUCUGAUCAGCACUGGCCAUUUCAUGUAUCUCCUCUUCACCACGGACAACAGCCGCUCCAGCAUCGGCUUCCUCAUUCACUACGAGAGUGUGACUCUGGACUCGGACUCUUGCCUUGACCCAGGAAUCCCUGUGAAUGGGCAUCGGCACGGCAGUCAUUUUGGCAUCAGGUCUACGGUGACUUUCAGCUGUGACCCGGGGUACACGCUGAGCGACGAUGAGCCCCUGGUCUGCGAGAGGAACCAUCAAUGGAACCACGCCCUGCCCAGCUGUGACGCCCUCUGUGGAGGCUACAUCCAUGGGAAGAGUGGAACCGUCCUUUCCCCAGGGUUUCCGGAUUUUUACCCAAACUCCCUGAACUGUACAUGGACCAUUGAAGUGUCUCACGGGAAGGGAGUUCAGAUGAUCUUCCACACCUUCCACCUAGAAAGCUCCCACGACUAUUUACUGAUCACAGAGGAUGGGAGUUUCACCGAGCCCGUGGCCAGACUCACUGGCUCUGUACUGCCUCACACUAUUAAGGCGGGUUUGUUUGGAAACUUCACCGCCCAGCUUCGGUUCAUCUCAGACUUUUCCAUUUCCUACGAGGGCUUCAACAUCACGUUCUCAGAAUAUGACCUGGAGCCUUGCGAUGACCCUGGCGUCCCUGCCUUCAGCCGAAGAAUUGGUUUCCACUUUGGAGUUGGGGACUCUCUGACUUUUUCCUGCUUCCCGGGGUAUCGCUUAGAAGGUGCAACCAAGCUUACGUGCCUGGGUGGGGGCCGUCGUGUGUGGAGCGCGCCUCUGCCAAGGUGUGUGGCUGAAUGUGGAGCAAGUGUCAAAGGAAAUGAAGGAACAUUGUUGUCCCCAAAUUUCCCAUCAAAUUACGAUAAUGACCACGAGUGUAUCUAUAAGAUAGAAACAGAAGCUGGCAAGGGGAUCCACCUCAGAGCACGGACCUUCCAGCUGUUUGAAGGAGACAUUCUGAAGGUGUAUGAUGGAAAAGACAGUUCAUCGCGUCCGUUGGGGUCCUUCACUAAGAAUGAGCUCACGGGGCUGGUCCUUAACAGCACUUCCAAUCACCUGUGGCUGGAAUUCAACACCAAUGGCUCUGAAACCGACCAGGGUUUCCAGCUCACCUAUACGAGUUUUGACCUAGUAAAAUGUGAGGAUCCAGGAAUCCCUAACUAUGGCUAUAGGAUCCGAGAUGAAGGCCACUUUACUGACACUGUAGUUCUGUACAGCUGUAACCCAGGCUAUGCCAUGCAUGGCAGCAACAGUCUGACCUGCCUGAGUGGCGACCGGAGAGUGUGGGACAAGCCACUGCCUUCCUGUGUAGCGGAGUGUGGUGGUCAUAUCCAUGCUGCCACGUCAGGGCGCAUCCUGUCUCCCGGCUACCCUGCUCCCUAUGACAACAACCUGCAUUGUACCUGGACCAUCGAGGCCGACCCAGGAAAGACCAUCAGCCUGCACUUCAUCGUGUUCGACACCGAGACGGCCCAUGACAUCCUGAAGGUCUGGGACGGCCCCGUGGACAGUGACGUCCUGCUGAAGGAGUGGAGCGGCUCCAUGCUCCCCGAGGACAUCCACAGUACCUUCAGCUCGCUCACCCUGCAGUUCGACAGCGACUUCUUCAUCAGCAAGUCUGGCUUCUCCAUUCAGUUCUCAACAUCCGUCGCGUCCACCUGCAAUGACCCAGGCCUGCCUCAGAACGGCACCCGCUACGGCGAUAGUAGAGAGCCGGGGGAUACCGUCACCUUCCAGUGUGACCCCGGAUAUCAGCUCCAAGGACAAGCUAAAAUCACCUGUGUGCAGCUGAAUAACCGAUUCUUCUGGCAGCCAGACCCUCCCACGUGCAUAGCUGCGUGUGGAGGGAACCUGACGGGCCCAGCGGGUGUCAUUCUGUCACCUAACUACCCGCAGCCAUAUCCUCCCGGGAAAGAAUGUGACUGGAGAAUAAAAGUGAAUCCAGACUUCGUCAUCGCCUUGAUAUUCAAAAGUUUCAACAUGGAGCCCAGUUAUGAUUUCCUACAUAUCUAUGAAGGAGAAGAUUCCAACAGACCUCUCCUUGGAAGUUUCCAGGGUUCUCAAGCCCCAGAAAGAAUAGAGAGUAGUGGAAAUAGUCUUUUUCUGGCUUUUCGGAGUGAUGCUUCCGUGGGCUUGUCGGGGUUUGCGAUUGAAUUUAAAGAGAAGCCCCGGGAAGCCUGUUUCGACCCUGGAAAUAUAAUGAACGGGACACGCAUUGGCACGGACUUCAAACUUGGCUCAACCGUGACCUACCAGUGUGACUCUGGCUACAAGAUUGUGGACCCCUCCUCCAUCACAUGUGUGAUCGGAGCGGACGGAAAACCUGCCUGGAGUCAGGCCUUGCCUUCCUGCAACGCUCCCUGCGGAGGCCAGUACACGGGGUCCGAAGGAGUCGUUUUGUCACCAAACUACCCUCAUAAUUACACGGCCGGUCAAAUAUGCCUCUACUCCAUAACGGUGCCAAAGGAGUUUGUCGUAUUCGGACAGUUUGCCUAUUUCCAGACGGCACUGAAUGAUUUGGCAGAAUUAUUUGAUGGGACACACCCACAGGCCAGACUUCUCAGCUCUCUCUCCGGGUCACAUUCAGGUGAAACAUUGCCAUUGGCGACAUCAAAUCAGAUUCUUCUCCGAUUCAGUGCAAAGAGCGGUUCAUCUGCCCGGGGUUUCCACUUUGUUUACCAAGCUGUCCCUCGGACCAGCGAUACCCAGUGCAGCUCUGUCCCCGAGCCCAGAUAUGGGCGGAGAAUUGGCUCCGAGUUCUCGGCCGGUUCGAUUGUUCGAUUCGAGUGCAACCCGGGGUACCUCCUUCAGGGCUCCACCGCCAUCCGCUGCCAGGCCGUGCCUAACGCGUUAGCUCAGUGGAACGACACAAUCCCGAGCUGCGUGGUCCCCUGCAGUGGCAAUUUCACUCAGCGCAGAGGUACCAUUUUAUCCCCCGGCUAUCCUGAACCAUAUGGUAACAACUUAAACUGUAUCUGGAAAAUCAUAGUUACGGAGGGAUCAGGAAUCCAGAUUCAAGUGAUCAGUUUUGCCACGGAGCAGAACUGGGACUCUCUGGAGAUUUACGACGGAGGGGACAUGACCGCGCCCAGGCUGGGAAGCUUCUCAGGAACCACGGUCCCAGCUCUUCUGAACAGCACGUCCAAUCAGCUCUGUCUCCACUUCCAGUCUGACAUUAGCGUGGCAGCCGCGGGCUUUCACCUGGAGUACAAAACGGUGGGUCUCGCUGCGUGUCAAGAACCCGUCCUUCCCAGCAACGGCAUCAAAACAGGUGAUCGGUAUAUGGUGAACGACGUCCUGUCCUUCCAGUGUGAACCGGGGUAUACCUUGCAGGGCCGCUCCCACAUUUCUUGUAUGCCGGGAACCGUUCGCCGCUGGAACUACCCAUCUCCCCUGUGCAUCGCAACCUGCGGAGGGACACUGAGCAGCAUGGGGGGAGUGAUCUUGAGCCCAGGGUUUCCGGGCGCGUACCCCAACAACCUGGAUUGCACCUGGAAAAUCCAGCUACCUGUUGGCUAUGGUGCACAUAUUCAAUUUCUGAAUUUUUCUACCGAAGCUAAUCACGACUACCUUGAAAUUCAGAACGGACCCCACCACGGCAGCCCCAUGAUCGGGCAGUUCAGUGGCACAGAACCCCCUUCCUCCCUGCUCAGUACGACACAUGAAACGCUCAUCCACUUUUACAGCGACCAUUCCCAGAACCGGCAAGGGUUUAAACUCACUUACCAAGCCUAUGAGUUACAGAACUGCCCGGACCCACCUCCUUUUCAGAAUGGUUAUAUGAUCAACUCGGACUAUAGUGUGGGACAGUCCAUAUCCUUUGAGUGCUACCCUGGGUACAUUUUAAUCGGCCACCCAGUCCUCACCUGUCAGCACGGGAUCGACCGAGACUGGAAUUAUCCUUUUCCAAGAUGUGACGCUCCUUGCGGAUAUAAUGUAACAUCUCAGAACGGUACCAUUUAUUCCCCUGGAUUUCCAGAUGAGUACCCAAUUUUGAAGGACUGCUUCUGGCUUAUCACUGUACCUCCUGGCCACGGGGUCUACAUCAACUUCACCUUGCUGCAGACUGAAGCUGUUAACGAUUACAUUGCUGUUUGGGAUGGGCCUGAUCAGAACUCACCUCAGCUGGGAGUUUUCAGUGGGAAUACGGCCCUGGAAACCGCGUAUAGCUCCACCAACCAAGUCCUGCUCAAGUUCCACAGCGACUUUUCAAAUGGAGGCUUCUUUGUUCUCAAUUUUCACGCAUUUCAGCUCAAGAAAUGCCAACCUCCCCCGGCCGUUCCACAGGCAGAAAUGCUUACUGAGGAUGAAGAUUUUGAAAUAGGGGAUUUUGUGAAGUACCAGUGCCACCCUGGGUACACGCUGGUAGGGACUGACACGCUGGCCUGCAGGCUCAGUUCCCAGCUGCAGUUUGAAGGCUCUCCCCCAACGUGUGAAGGUUCUUCUGGUCAAAGUCCUCUGUUAGUGGUCUUAAGUGGGAACCACACUGAACAAUCCAAUUUUACAAGCAGGAGUAAUCAGUUAUAUCUCCGCUGGUCCACCGAUCAUGCAACCAGUAAGAAAGGAUUCAAGAUUCGAUAUACAGCACCCUACUGCAGCCUGACCCACACUCCGAAGAAUGGAGGCAUUUUCAACAGGACCACGGGGGCGGUUGGAAGUCAAGUGCAUUAUUUUUGCAAGCCUGGGUAUCGCAUGAUCGGCCACAGCAACGCAACCUGUAGACGGAACCCAGUUGGCAUGUAUCAGUGGGAUUCUCUCGCCCCGCUCUGCCAGGCUGUGUCCUGUGGAAUCCCCGAGUCCCCGGGAAAUGGUUCCUUUACGGGCAACGAGUUCACGCUGGAUAGUAAAGUGAUCUAUGAAUGUAAUGAGGGCUUUAAGCUGGAAGCAGGCCAACAAGCAGCGGCCGUAUGUCGGGAAGAUGGACUGUGGAAUAACACGGGGAAGCCUCCUGCGUGUACACCGGUGAUUUGUCCUGGCAUCGAAGCUCAGCUCCCGGAGCACGUCACCUGGAGACUGGUUUCGGGGUCACUGAACGAGUAUGGAGCUCAGGUCGUGCUGAGCUGCAGUCCUGGCUAUUACCUGGAGGGCCAGAGGCUGGCACAGUGCCAAGCCAAUGGAACGUGGAGCCUAGGCGACGAGAGACCCAGAUGUCGAGUGAUCUCGUGUGGAAGCCUCUCCUUUCCGCCAAACGGUAACAAGAUUGGCACGCUCACAGUUUAUGGGGCCACAGCUAUAUUUACGUGCAACACGGGCUACACCCUGGUGGGGUCUCACGUCAGAGAAUGCUUAGCAAAUGGACUUUGGAGUGGCUCCGAAACUCGAUGUCUGGCUGGCCACUGCGGUUCCCCGGACCCGAUCGUGAACGGUCACAUCAGCGGAGACGGCUUCAGCUACCGGGACACUGUGGUUUAUCAGUGCAAUCCUGGCUUCAGGCUGGUUGGAACUUCCGUUCGAAUCUGCCUGCAAGACCACAAGUGGUCCGGACAGACCCCCGUCUGUGUCCCCAUCACCUGCGGCCACCCCGGGAACCCUGCCCACGGCUUCACCAACGGCAGCGAGUUCAACCUGAACGACGUCGUGAACUUCACCUGCAACACGGGCUAUCUGCUGCAGGGUGCCUCUCGGGCCCAGUGUCGGAGCAACGGCCAGUGGAGUAGCGCCCUGCCCACGUGUCGAGUGGUGAACUGCUCAGAUCCAGGCUUUGUGGAAAACGCCAUUCGUCAUGGGCAACAGAAUUUCCCUGAGAGUUUUGAAUAUGGAAUGAGUAUCAUGUAUCAUUGCAAGAAGGGAUUCUACUUGUUGGGAUCUUCUGCCUUAACCUGUACGGCGAAUGGCUUAUGGGAUCGGUCUUUACCCAAGUGUUUGACUAUAUCAUGUGGACACCCAGGGGUUCCUGCCAAUGCUAUCCUAACUGGAGAACUGUUUACAUAUGGUGCCGUAGUUCACUACGCGUGCAAAGGGAGCCGGAAUCUUGUAGGCAACAGCACUAGAGUGUGUCAAGAGGAUAGUCACUGGAGUGGGGCACUACCCCACUGUACAGGAAAUGAUCCUGGAUUUUGUGGGGAUCCGGGGACCCCAGCACAUGGAUCCCGGCUUGGAGAUGAACUCAAGGCCAAGAGCCUUCUCCGUUUCUCCUGUGAGAUGGGUUAUCAGCUGAGGGGCUCUCCUGAGCGGACGUGUUUGCUCAAUGGCUCAUGGUCAGGACUGCAGCCCGUCUGUGAAGCCGUGUCCUGUGGGAAUCCUGGCACGCCCACCAACGGCAUGAUUGUCAGCAGUGACGGCGUCCUGUUCUCCAGCUCGGUCAUCUACGCCUGUUGGGAAGGCUACAAGACCUCGGGGUUAAUGAUUCGGCACUGCACAGCCAACGGGACCUGGACCGGCACAGCCCCCGACUGUACAAUUAUAAGCUGUGGGGACCCAGGUACACUGGCCAAUGGCAUCCAGUUUGGGACGGAUUUCACCUUCAAUAAGACUGUAAGCUAUCAGUGUGACCCUGGCUAUCUCCUGGAACCUGUCACAUCAUCCACCAUCCGUUGUACCAAAGACAGUACAUGGAAUAACAGCAAACCCACCUGCAAAGCUGUCACGUGUGGCCAGCCUCCUCAAGUACAGCACGGGAAGGUGGAGGGAGCAGAUUUCCACUGGGGGUCCAGCAUCAGUUACAGCUGCGUGGACGGCUUCCAGCCCUCUCACUCCGCCAUCCUCUCCUGCGAAGGCCGUGGGGUGUGGAAAGGGGAGGUGCCCCAGUGCCUACCUGUGUUCUGCGGAGACCCCGGCACCCCCGCGGAGGGGCGGCUCAGUGGCAAAAGCUUCACCUAUAAAUCUGAAGUCUUCUUCCAGUGCAAACCUCCCUUCAUACUGGUGGGGUCCUCGAGAAGAACCUGCCAGGCCGACGGCACGUGGAGCGGCACCCAGCCCACCUGCAUCGAUCCAGCUCAUAACAGCUGCCCAGACCCCGGCACUCCACACUUCGGAAUACAGAAUAGCUCCAGAGGAUAUGAGGUCGGAAGCACCGUGUUUUUCAGGUGCAGAAAAGGUUACCACAUCCAAGGUUCUACGACUCGGACUUGCCUGGCAAAUUUAACUUGGAGUGGAAUACAGACAGAAUGUAUACCCCACGCCUGCAGACAGCCAGAAACGCCAGCCCACGCGGACGUGAGAGCGAUAGACCUCCCCACCUUCGGUUACACCUUGGUGUACACCUGCCAUCCGGGGUUCUUCCUCGCGGCCGGGUCUGAGCACAGGACGUGUAAAGCAGAUAUGAGGUGGACGGGAAAAUCGCCUGUCUGUAAAAUUCCUUCAGAUGUAUUUUUUAUCAAUUCAGUGUGGAAGGGAUAUUAUGAAUAUUUAGGGAAAAGACAACCCGCAACUCUAACAGUUGACUGGUUCAACGCAACAAGUAGUAAGGUGAACGCGACCUUCCUCGAAGCCUCGCAGGUGGAGCUGAAAUUGACAGGUGUUUACAAGAAGGAAGAAGCUCACUUACUUCUGAAGGCUUUCCAAAUUAAAGGUCCCGCAGAUAUUUUUGUAAGCAAGUUUGAAAAUGACAACUGGGGACUAGAUGGCUAUGUGUCAUCAGGACUUGAAAGGGGAGGAUUUACUUUUCAAGGUGACAUUCAUGGAAAAGACUUCGGAAAAUUCAAGCUGGAAAGGCAAGAUCCCUUAAACUCGGACCAAGACCCUUCAAAUCAUUACCACGGCACUAGCAGCGGCUCGGUCGCGGCUGCGAUUCUCGUUCCGUUCUUUGCUCUGAUUUUGUCCGGAUUUGCGUUUUACCUCUACAAACACAGAACGAGACCAAAAGUUCAAUACAACGGCUAUGCCGGACACGAAAACAGCAAUGGACAAGCUUCAUUUGAAAACCCUAUGUAUGAUACAAACUUAAAACCCACAGAGGCAAAGGCUGUGCGGUUUGACACAACUCUGAACACAGUGUGCACAGUGGUAUAGCCCUCAGUGCCCCAUUAGGACUGAUUCAUAGCCAUACCUCUGUUGGACAAGCAGUAACUCCUUUGGUGCCAUAUACCACUCUCCCUUCUAGUCUUGGCUUUGCUGCGGUGAUCUUUCACAUCUUCUGCUGGCGUCCGUGCGGCGGUAAUCUCCAGUCACGUGCGCCAGAGUCUCCUGAGGAUCGGGUGACACAGAGACCUGCAUUCUGAACGUGGAUUCUCCAUGCCUGGCUUCAUCUGCUCGGGAUCAAGGCACACUCAAGGAAGACUGCCGAGUCACGCCAAUACUUUGUACUUAAUGCCUCAGACUUUCGUAUUUCUGUGUGGCUGGGAUGCCUUUCAAUGCAAUCUUCUGGGCACGUGGAUACAUCCCCUGGGUGCGGUGAUAAAAUGAUAGCACCACAAUAUGUUGUUUUGUUUUUUUAACCCCCAUAAAUAUGAAUACUCUGAAAAACAACAACAACAACAACAACAACAGAGCUCUCUUGAAGAAACCUUUCUGGUAGAGAUGCACACACCUACAAACGCUUCACUCUGUCCUUCCUGAGACCUGACAAGCUUUGAGGACUCACGGCUCCCCUCGGUGUCCAUUCCUAGGGCCAUUUGCAAAUUUCCCAGUCAGCCGUUCUAUUGCAGAAUUUUUGAUGCACAAUUUUUUGCACUAGUGUGUUAUGAAUGACUGAGUAAGAUUCUGAUAAAAAAAUAAACUAUUUACACAGGGUUUAUACACACUAUCCAUUGUAUAUAAGCAUCUUCUCAUGCUGUCCAGCGAAACAUCCACCAUCCAUCCGUUCAGUUGGCAUCUUAGCGAAAGAAAACAUCCCCAGAUAUGGCACAGGUUUUGAAGGGAAACAUGGUGUUGAAGAGAUUUAUUUUAUCAUUGCUUCUUUUAGCUGCGUAUGUGUGUUGAAGUCAUUGAUGAUGUCGAAAGAGGGGGGAAACACCAGAGGGCUUUGCAGUUGCCGCACACUCUGUUCCCUUUAGCAGCACCCGUGACCGCCAGUACUGCUGUAUUGCGUGGCCAGGGGGCUGCUGAGCUUCUGUUUGCCAUGGAGAAUGUCAGUAGUAAUUUAUUUUAGAUAGCUCAUGAGCUUGUGAGGCUUGGCUCACUGUAGUCUUCCCUCUGCAUCACAGUUUGUUCUUCCAGAGCAUUGCCACUCUCCGCUAUGGCAUUGAAAGACGGUGCUGUGCAGUCGCCCCUUGAACUCAGUGGGAACUGUCCGGGAGCAGAGCAUCAGAUGUCCCUCCGGAGGCCAGGAAACAUUACACACACUCCUCUUUCCCAGUGACACAUUUUACAUAUCACUGUGUCCUUCAUUUCGUGCUAGUUCCAGAUGCAGAGACAACUGGAUUUUUCACGUUUAAAAUUUCUCAUACAUUAAAUUCUGAAUGAUGGUAGGAAGGAAAUGGGCAUGGUCCCCAGUGCGGAUAAAAACAUCAAAGGAUGAAAUAGAAGACAUGGCAAUGAGAUGGUGAUGUCACAAAACCACAGUGAAGACCGAGUUUAUUUUUAUUUAUAACUGUGGGCUUGGCUAAAAGCGUCUUGAAAAGGCAGUGCUUAUUUUGUUAUUUGCGUUUUAAGUACGUACCCCCCAUAUGGAAAACAUCUCCCUUCUCACAUUCCAGAGCAGCGUCUGUAGAGCGUUUCAUUCCUGUUGUUGUGGGCGUAUUCACACCUAGCUUUAAGGCCGAUAUAGUGGUGUCUCUGUUGCAUGUUUAAGUGCAGGGCUUCAAAAGUGAAAAAAAAAAAAAAAAAGGAAAAAAAAAAGACACAAAAACGUGUCAGGAUAAUAGUUCCUUCUUUCAUGUCAUGUGUUUUGAUUUGAACGCUUUAGCGGAUAUUUGAUCCUUGGUGCCCACUGUCGCGUUGCUCGUUUGAAGGGUCCUAUGCUGUUAGGAGGACAUAACUGACCUCUUCUAGUUGCUUCUUUGCCUUUUGAACUCCAAAUGACAAAUUCCUUAGUAUCAUGCUGAAUUCCCAGCACCUUUUCCUCUGGCCAACCUGAUAACGUGACUGGAGAUUUGCUUUGCAGCCUGGGGCCCUUAUGCGGAUUUUUCUCCUUAGACUAGACAAGGUCAGCCAGAGCCAGGCUCCUAACACGCACACUGACCGGGCACGGAAAGGGAGCAUGAGGAAGUUCCAGGAUCGCUGUGUGCAGGGGAGAACAGGGUUACUAUAUAUAUUAGGUGUAUAUAUAUACAUACAUAUAUACAUAUAAAUAUAUUGUACAUAUAUCUAAGUUUGAGUCAUUCAAACUAGGUGCAAAAUGCUGACUUCAGAGUCUGAAUCAAUGUCUCUCUCCCCCCAUCCCUGACCUGCUUGCCGGUCAACGACGUUACAAAUUCCUGAAACGACAGGACAUACAUACACGCGGCAACCACAUAUCAGAUAUUAGAUAUCAUUUUCCUUUGUGUGCACAGUAAACCCGACCUUUGGUUGCCACUUUGGAGCAUGUUAUUAAACCCCAAAUACAACAUGCGAUGGUCCUGCGAGAAGUCCGCCGAGUUUCUUCCUAGGGUGUGUGCGCGGUAUUGAACCAGAUCCCCUGCGAGGUGUGGAGGCGCGCGUGCAGGUGGUCCACACACGCGCCUUCCGCCAUGGGGCUGCAAGACUCCUUCUGGAAGCGCCCAGAAUCGUGUGCGGGAAGGACCCCAUGCUAACACAGGUUAUGUGCUUCAGAGCUGUUUAAAACUGCUGCUCGUAUCACACAUCUUGCCUUUCUUCAGGCUAGCUGCAAUAAUUUUUUUCUUCUGUAAGAUAUUUUGUAAACAACAACAACAAAAAGCUAUUAUAAAAAAAAGGGGGACAGAACGCUGGUAUCACGAUCAGGAAACCCAUCGCACCUCUGCCCGCCCCGUGUUACCAUCUCGCCACAUGCUGCUGACAUGAAGUAGGUGCAAACGACCUUUUUGUACAGAGAUAUAUUUUUUAUGAAGAAUUUGUAAAAUUAUUAAAUAUGCUGUAAUUUUUUGAUUAAUGUAGGUAAAUUGUUAAAAAAAUAAAUGUUUUUACAAAUACAGAACUGUAAUUUUCCCAAUAAUGUACAAUGUACCACCCCUAGCUGAUUUUCAGUUCCGACCCUAUUACACAUGUAUUAAUAUUAAAGUGGCCUGUUAAAAUGAACAGUAUCUUUCUUUUUUGUCAAAAACAUUAUAAAGAGAGUGUAAUAUAGCCUGUGCAAUGCCACCUACCU